UUCUACAAGGGGGAACUUUGAAGGAUGAUGACUUUAGUCAGUCACCGGCUUUUCUCCGUCUGGAAGUUGAAGCUGGGAAUGAUAAACAUGGGACACAUAACGUUACUUUCUCCACAGCGUCACUGGAGAUUAAUAGGAUGGCCGUUUGUUUUCGCUGCUGGUAAGAAAUACCAGAUUGACCUGCCAGUUUUAGACGAGGAAGACCUUGAGGAACAGUUUGUUCGGGGAUCUGGCCCUGGAGGACAAGCCACCAACAAAACCAGCAACUGCGUCGUGCUUAAACACGUUCCCACUGGUAUCGUCGUGAAGUGUCACCAGACCAGAUCUGUGGAUUUAAACAGAAAACGAGCACGAGAGAUUUUACGUGAGAAACUGGAGGUCGCAUACAAGGGUGAGGAAAGUGAACUGCUGAAAAUAAAAAAGGAAUCCAUACAAAGGAAACAGGACAAACGGAAGAAAGUAAAUGAAAACAUGGAGAAAAAAAGACGAUUCAAGGAGAUGCUCUGCUCAGACCAAGAAGAUGAGAAAUGCUGAGAUUCAUUCAAGAAGAUGAGAAAUGCUGA